AUGACUCUUUUCAAUUGUCUAUGGGACGCAAAGAAACGUUUCGAUAAAAAGGAUCGCCUGAAAAAUCGUUCAGAAGUCUUCAUCAACAAAAUGUACAUCAAAGCGGUAAAGAAAAAAAUGGUGAUACCAUAUGAAGCGAAGGAAAUUGAAAAAUCUGUGCAUAUUCGUCGUUGCAUACUCAAGAAGCGUAAUAAUAUACGUUUAGACAGAUGGAAUAACUUGCCAACCCAAGAAUCAUCAACAUCGUUGCUCAUUGAAGAGAUCAGUGAAGACCAAGAGCCGUCAUCAAUGUUGGCGCAAAUACCCAAUGAAUUGCCCAGUAGUCCCAAUGGUAGCAGAGUUGCGUCUGAUAAUACAAUUAACUGCCCAGUUGCCGACAUAUCGUCAGGUCCCAUUUCCAGCGAACCUCAACUUCGGCACGUCGGAAACACCGAAAGCGAAGUUCUUCAAUUGCCUACGAUUGCUGAAAACGAAGACGUCAAUAUGUCUAAAAAUACCGGAGCCGAACAUGCUCAAUUGGCUGCAAAUGAUCAGUCUAAAGAUGCCCAGAAAUCCAAGGAGAAGAGUUUGGAAGAGUCAGGGAUCGAUUGGGAAGCUGCAGCGAUGGCAAUCAAUCCUGAAUCUAUGAUCAUCGACUCGGCUGCAAAUGAUCAGUCUAAAGAUGCCCAGACAUCCAAGGAGAACAGUUUGGAAGAGUCAGGGAUCGAUUGGGAAGCUGCAGCGAUGGCAAUCAAUCCUGAAUCUCUGAUCAUUGACUCGGAUGUCCCGUCGCCACAAACAGAGAGUGAACCACUUGUUGAAGAUUACUCUAUCUUCAGCUCCCAAGUGCUCUGCACAUCGACGGAGUCCACUCAAAUUACUGACGAUUUAAUUUAA